AUGGCGUCCACAAACCCUUCUCUCGCCCCUCAAGAAUCCCCAUCGGAUUCGAAACCACCACCCUGGACCCCUCCCCUCAACAGCCACGAUACAGCCCUCGCUAUAAUCCCCCCUCCCCACCUUUGGGGGCCUAUCAACUCCCUUCGUGCCCUCUACGACAAAGCCUACCACAAAUGGCCGCCACACAUCAACCUCAUCUAUCCCUUCGUUUCACCCGAAGACCUGCAAGAUGCGGCGAGUCUGGUUCCAUUUGGCAUUUUGGAGGCGAGGAGGGAGAGGAAUGAGAUGAGGGGAAUCAAGUGGGAUUCCGUGAAAAAGGCAUGGACGGGACCAGACGGGGAGGUGGUACAUGGCCGAAAUGGAUCGGUGUUGGAUGAAGGGUGUGGGGGCCCGGUUUGCGAGGAGGAUCGGGCCAGGGUGAGGAUGGAUAGUGUUGGGGUUUUUGAGCAUCGCAAGCACAACACUAUCUACCGCUAUGAUCAAGAGCAGCAGCAACCCGGGUCUCUGGGUAGCUUGGUGCAGUUGAGGGCGGAUAUCUUGAAGGUGCUGGGGCACCAGGCCCAGGCCGGAGAUUAUCAACCGCACUUGACUAUUGCGCAGUCUGAGGAUCGAGAGUCGUCGGCGCACAAAUUCCUGGUGGAAAAAAUGGGAUUGCUGCCGAUGGUGGAGUGGGAGGUUGAGGAGGUUUGGGGUAAGAUGCGGUUAGGAGAGGAGUUGGGGAGUGAGAUGUAUGGAAGCCCGGUUGAGUGGGAGAAGGUGUUUGAGGCGGAAGGACUGAAAUGGGAGGAAGAGGAGGUAAAGAAGGCGUGGAGGUUUGAGGAGGGGAGGUCAGUUUGGGUCCCUUACGAUGGUGAGGAUGGAGAGGAACGGGAAGGAGAGGGAAAGGAAGGGGAAGAGGCAAAGACGCCAGAGCUACUAAGCAUAGCCUCCUGGAACGUCCUCGCUGAUUUCGAACAUUCUCCUUCUUCAAACACCGACCAAGAAGCUCGAUACCGCCUCAUCCUUCGCAACCUUCUCUCAGCCGACUCCAAAGCAGAUAUCCUUCUUCUGCAAGAAGUCACCGACUCGUUCCUUUCCUUCCUCCUUUCCCCGUCCAACAACUCUACCGAAUCCCAACUACUCCGAGACCACUACCCCUACGUUUCCCAUCCGCCCCCCUCUCAGCCAGACGCAUCUCCCCUCCCUAACUUCCUCAACCAAGUCAUCCUGUCCAAACACCCCUUCUCUUGGUCUUGGCUUUCUUUUGCUAGGAAACACAAGGGGUCCGUCAUUGCCCAAUUUCCUACCAUUCAUGGAAAUGACCCUGAUCGGCCCCUCGUGCUGGCGGCAGUGCAUCUGAGCCAUGGACUUACAGAUAUGACUGUUGCUGCCAAGAAGGGGGAGAUCCAACGGGUGAUUGGGCAUCUUAAGGAGAACUUUCCGCAGAACCCGUGGGUAGUUGCUGGGGACUUCAACCUUACAUCCUCAAGCUGGACUGUUGAGCAAGCUGUGAAAGCUGGGAAGAUUUCCCGAGAAACAGUGGUCACACUCAAUGUUAUCGAGAGGACAUGGAAGGAGGAAGAGGGUCUUGGGGUGGAGGAUGCGUGGGUAGUUGGGAGAGCUGCUUUGGGCGAGGGCCUGGUUCAAAAAGAGGAGGACAUCAUGGAUGACAUGGACGAGGAAGGGGAAGAUAACAGGCUGUUUGCCGGCGAGCAAGGAGCAACCUAUGAUCCGAUGAGGAAUGAUGUCGCGGCCAAGGUGGUAGGCAGUGGAGGAAACAUGCGGCCGCAGAGGUAUGACCGAAUUUUGGUCAGGGGUCAACAAGUGUUGAGGAUCGGUAGGUUUAAUCGCUUUGGGUUUGUCAAGGCUGAUCAGGAAAAGAGGGAAGGGCAUGAGAUGGGACAAGUGGUGUUGCUGGCUCUGAAAACGUCUAUCAAGCUAAUCACACCACCCGCCGGUCCUCUCUCCGAGCCGGGAUCGCUGACAGAGGCUAUGGCCGAACUCAACAUCUUCCCUUCGCAUGAAGAGAUAUCCAAACGCAAAGCUGCUUUCCACGCGCUCAAGAUCAUCCUCCUCGACAACCCUCCUCCCAAUCAAUAUCCCCAAGCGGUCACCGACACUACUACCGCCUCGGAAACCCAAGCCCGAUCAAACCAACCACCCCUCAUCAUAACCCCCGUUGGCUCCUUUGCUCUAGGCGUCCACACCUCCUCUUCAGACAUCGACGUCCUAGCCAUCGGCCCCUUCUCCACCAACACCUUCUUCUCCCUCGCCAUCCAACGUCUCCGGCGCGCUUCGUCGUCUCCUCUCUUUUCCUCAUACCAACCCAAAAUCCUCCGGCGCAUCUACUCCUCAACAGGCACCAUGCUCGAGCUUUCUGUCAAUCAAAUCAAAUUCGACCUGCAGUACUGUCCAGCAGCACACAUUGCGUCCAACUGGCCUCGCAUUCUGUCUACUGCCCCGCCUGGAAACGCCGUCUGGAGCUUACCGGCGUUGACGCUGACGAAACUCAAAGCCGCGAGGGACUUGGAUUAUUUGCGCCGGACGGUGCCUGACUUGGCGGUGUUUAGGACGGCGCAUAGGGCAGUAAGAAGCUGGGCUAAAGCAAGGGGUGUGUAUGCCCAGCGGUUUGGGUAUCUAGGUGGUAUCCAGAUCUCGGUGAUGCUGGCGAGGGUCUAUAAGGCUCUUGCGCUCACGCAGGGGGUGACACGGGUGGGAGUGGAGGAGUUGGUGGCCAGCUUCUUUGAGGAAUAUGCUCGGUUUCACUGGGGGAGGGAUAUGGUCUACGAUGAGGUUUGUCCUUGGUUCAGGCAGAAGCGGGAGAAGGGAGGGGAGAAGGAGGUGUAUAGACGGACGAGUAGGGAGGCGAUGGUUGUGCUUGGGUGGUUUGGUCCGGGACUAAAUACGAGUGGACAGGCGAGUGUUUGGAGCGUUAGGACGCUGAAGGAGGAGUUUGAGCGGGCAAGGGAUCAGCUGGUGAAGGAAGAGGUGAGGAGCUGGAAGGAAUUUUUGGAGGGAAGUAGCGCUGCGGAGGAGUUCUUGACGGGGUACAAGAGUUAUGUCAAGGUUGAUGUGCAGUAUUGGGGACUGUCGCCGUCAAGGGGAGCGCAGUUUGUGGGUUGGUUGGAGAGUCGGCUGGUGAUGCUUCUUGUUGAUCUUCACAGGAGAGCACCGGGGGUGUAUGUCAGGAUGUGGCCUGCUCGGUUUGUUGAGGCCGACAUGGCCUCUCAACAAGCCGAAGCCGACGAGCAAACAGCCACGGAAGGAACCGGACCCCGCGACUACCAAGCCUCCUACCUCCUCGGCCUGGACGCCGACAUUAGCACCAGCAAAGAGGACCUCAAACUCGCUCUCGGCAGCAUUCAAACCGCCCUUCAACGCUUUGAAGAAGCCAUCCGGUCAGACGAGAAGUACUUUGACGCCUCCAACAGCUGGAUGAGCGCAAGCGUGGUCAGGCGCUCUGAGCUCGGCAAUCUUCAACUGGACACUCGCAACGACUGGGUAGGCGAGUAUACCCCCGGCGAAGACGAGUCAGACUCCGACGCCGAGGAUGACGAGGAGGAAGACGCUUCUUUUUUGGAAGACCUCGACGAAGCUACACCCAAGAAGAAGAAAGGCAAGAACAAGAAAACCACAGAAGACCAGCAGCAGCCGCCGAGACAAGAUCCAGGCCCAAAACUCCGCUCGGCAGCGGACGUGAUGAACAGACUCCGCUGGGACUCGGCCAUCGAUAGCUCGGAGUACGUGGUGGGCUACGAGGACCGGUUCCUGGGAGUGAAGGAGAGGGCGCUGGAUAUGUGGAAGACGGAGCAGACGGAUGAGGAAUUCAUCCCGCAACAUCGGAUUGUGUACUUCAAGCGGAGGAGUGAUGGAAAUGUGGUGUGGGAUCGGAAGAUGAAGAAGGAUGAGGUUUUUGGGAGUGGGUUGUAG